AUGAUCAGCGACCGGGCCAAAAGGGACAGCCCAGAUGCGCGGGAUAAGGCAAGACCCUUAAACAAAACGGCCUCUUGCGGUUCGCUGUCCCUUCGAGAAGUGUUCGUCCUGGCGGCCGCGCUGGCUGCCGUGGCCUCCCUGCCGCAGCCCAGCCACGACCCCGGCAUCAAGGACCUGUUCAGCUUCGGGAAGGGCAAGGGGGGAGGCCAGGAGUACCACCCUGCCCCCCGCCCCUCGUACGGGCCCCCUCCCCCCCGCCCUGCCUACGGGCCUCCCCCUCCCAAGGGCAACUACGGCCCUCCCCCCAAGGCUCCCUUCCCGUCCAAGGGUAAGGGCCAGGGCAAAGGCCAGGGCAAGGGCUCCCAUGGGCCACCUCCUCGCCCCAUCGCUCCCCCCAAAGGCCAUUAUGGCCCCCCACCCCCUGCUCCGCCCAAGGGGAAUUAUGGCCCUCCACCUGCUCCACCCAAGGGACACUAUGGCCCUCCCCCCGCCCCACCCAAGGGAAACUAUGGCCCACCACCACCACCACCUAAGGGAAAUUAUGGCCCCCCAGCCCGGCUACGGCUCCCCCAAGCCAGGAGACAUCAUCGCUCCUUCAGCGCCUUCGGGUAA